GUUGGCCAGCAGCGAGCUGAAAGCUGCUCCGGUUAUUGCAGUCUCUCAAUCGAUCGGGCGUCCAGUCGAAUCCCUCGAGGUUGACAAGGCUUUCACAUUCUCGCAUCUGUCCGCGUGCUUCGGAGACGCUGCAUUAGGCUCCGUUACGGCAGCACGAUCCACUCCACUCCAAGCAUCACAGGAGAGAACAGUUGAAACAAGCGCACACCCACUCACUAAAAAAACAAAACCCAAAACAUCCGCGCUCUGCCUCUUCUGACACAGUCAAAUCUCGGAGACCCGGUGCGGGUUCGAGUUGGAGCUUCGUUUAAUUGAGUACAAACAGAACUCUUUUGGAACCGCGUCUGACAGACAUCAUGCGAGAUGGGCCAGGCGUGCGGACACUCGCUGCUGUGCCGUAGCCAGCAGUACCGACCGGCGGCAUCAGAGAUACGGGGGCAGCAGGUGUUCCUGAGGGCGGAGGAGCCGCGGUCGCACUCGGACUCCGUGCAGGAUGCCCUUCUCAAGUUGGCCUCUGUGACCGAGAGCAGCUCUUUGCAAGAUGCCAUCAAAGACGCACUUCAGGCUGUGCUUUCCAAAGUGGAAGAUGUUUUUAUCUACCUUCUCAAUGUGGAAAGCGGUCACCUCCUGUGUGAGUCCCUGCCCCAUGAGUUGCUUAAUGAAGAAAGAGUCAGAGAUGUUAUCUCACAGCAGCAGAGGGUUCAGUGUGACGGUCUGUCUCCAUCGAAGCUGCAGGAGGAAGAGAGGAGUAGUCUGGCAUCGCCCCUGCCCCCCGACAAACAAGUGUUGAUUAUUCCACUCAUGGACCAGGACAAAAGCAAAGUCAUUGCCCUGCUUUUGGUGUGCUGCAAACAGCUGACUGAAGUAGAAGAACAGAAACUCGACAUCCUGGAGAAACAUGUUACUGUGGCCUGCAGGAGAGUCCAGCAGUUGCAGAGGGGUGCUCAGAGUCCGCUCGGAUCUCCUGGCCCGUUCGCCAGGCAUUCGGUCAAUUCCCUGACCGUAACAGACACAACCGCGCCUGAUGGGAACUACAGCGCGCUUGACUGCAAGAUCCUGCAACUGUGUGGAGAGUUAUAUGACCUGGAUGCUUCCUCACUCCAGCUAAAAGUCAUCCACUAUCUACAACAGGAGACACAAUCACUUUGCUGUUGUCUGCUGCUGGUCUCCGAAGACAACCAACAGCUCUUCUGUCAGGUAGUGGGCGACAAGGUGCUGGAGGAAGAAAUCGGCUUUCCUUUAACAUUCGGCCACCUCGGCCAGGCGGUGGAGAAGAAGAAAUCUGUCACUUUGCAAGAAGUCAGUGCAGAGGAGCACCUGCAGCUGAACAGCCUGCUGGGAUUUGAGGCGAGCUCCAUGAUGUGUGUGCCGGUGGUGAGCCGGGCCACCUCGCAGGUCGUGGCCCUGGCCUGUGCGUUCAACAAGAGGGGCGGAGAGAAGUACUCUCUGAUGGAUGAAUGGAAGAUCCAGCACUGUUUCCGAUACACAUCUUCAGUGCUGACCAGCACACUGGCCUUUCAGAAAGAGCAGAAACUCAAGUCUGAGUGCCAGGCACUGCUGCAGGUUGCCAAAAACCUCUUCACACACCUUGACGAUGUGUCCGUGUUGCUGCAAGAGAUCAUUGUGGAAGCAAGAAACCUCAGCAAUGCAGAGAUUUGUUCUGUUUUUCUGUUGGACCGUGUCAGUCAUGAGCUGGUCGCCAAGGUGUUUGAUGGAGGUGUUGUUAAUGAAGACGAGAAGGAGUUUCGGAUCCCUGCUGACCAGGGAAUCGCGGGACAUGUGGCCACUACAGGGAAGAUCCUAAAUAUAAAAGAUGCCUACUCACACCCCCUCUUCUAUCGGGGCGUGGAUGACAGCACAGGGUUCCACACCCGGAACAUUCUCUGCUUCCCCAUAAAAGAUGAGAACAAUGAGGUUAUCGGAGUAGCUGAGCUGGUCAACAAGACCAAUGGUCCAUGGUUUAACCGCUUUGAUGAAGACUUGGCGACAGCCUUCUCCAUAUACUGUGGUAUCAGCAUUGCCCAUUCUUUGUUGUACAAGAAAGUCCACGAGGCCCAGUUCCGAAGUCACCUUGCGAAUGAAAUGAUGAUGUACCACAUGAAGGUGUCAGAGGAGGAAGUGACCAGGCUCCUGUCCAGUGGGAACAGGUCAGUGAGCCAGAUACACCAAUGCUUCGCUGAGUUCAGCUACACGCCGCGGUCACUGCCGGACGAGGGGACACCCAUGGGUAUUCUCGGCAUGUUUGAGGACAUGGGUUUCAUCAGCACCUACAAGAUCAACCUGCACACACUGGCCAGGUUCUGUCUGAUGGUGAAGAAGGGCUACAGAGAUCCCCCCUACCACAACUGGAUGCACGCCUUCUCCGUCUCGCACUUCUGCUAUCUGCUCUUCAAGAACCUGCAGCUCACCAACUACCUGGAUGACAUCGAGAUAUUCGCCCUCUUCGUGUCCUGCAUGUGUCACGACCUGGACCACAGGGGAACCAACAACUCCUUUCAGGUGGCUUCGCAAUCCGUCCUGGCCGGCCUGUACAGCUCUGAGGGCUCGGUGAUGGAGAGACACCACUUUGCACAAGCAAUUGCCAUCAUCAACACCCAUGGCUGCAACAUCUUUGAUAAAUUCUCCAGAAAGGAUUACCAGAGAAUGCUGGACCUAAUGAGGGACAUCAUUCUGGCUACUGAUCUUGCUCAUCACCUGCGCAUUUUCAAGGACCUGCAGAAAAUGGCUGAAGAGGGCUACGACCCGAAGAACCGUCACCACCACAGCCUUCUGCUGUGCCUGCUCAUGACCUCCUGUGACCUCUCUGACCAGACCAAGGACUGGAAGACCACCAGGAAGAUUGCGGAACUUAUUUACAAGGAAUUCUUUUCUCAAGGUGACCUGGAGAAGGCUAUGGGGAACCGGCCCAGUGAGAUGAUGGACAGGGAGAAGGCGUACAUUCCUGAGCUGCAGACCAGCUUCAUGGAGCACAUCGCCAUGCCCAUCUACAAGCUCCUUCACGACAUUUUCCCCAAGUCUGCGGAGCUUUACGAGAGAGUGGCGGCCAACUGCGAGCAGUGGACCAAGGUCUCCCACAAGUUCAACAUCCGCGGGCUGCCUAGCAACAACUCGCUGGACUUCCUGGACGAGGAGUGUGAGCACCUGCAGGAGCUGGAUGGCGGAGACGUUCCGGAAACAAACGGCUUCACGGAGAACAAAGGGGACACACAGGCCCCGUGACCGGCGUGCACUGAAAGGCAGCAUAAAACGCGUUUCUAUUGCGGGUUACAUUUGUGACAGAGAGGGGCAGUUUCUCUUAAAGGUACAAUAGGUAAUUUUGGACUCCUAACGGUCAGAGAGAGGAAUAGCAGCAACAAACACGCUCAAACCACAACACUGUUUAUCCCUCACCCUUCUCUGUGAACGUGCUGACGUUGAAACGCCAUUGGCUGUGGCAAUUAGAACCAAUUUUCAACCAAUGAGCUUGAAUUAUUGUACAGCUAUACAAUGCUUUGGUACAGAGUGACGGCCAUCAACUGUAUAUUUUGAAAACCGAAUGUAAGGACUAUAAACACAGGCAGAGGGUGAGUCAAUGUGUCAGUGAGCCUUUUUCAAUGAGGGCAAGGGAUUUACAAUGGUCUUGUAACAAUGUUUUAACACAAAUAUCUUACCUAUUGUACCUUUAACCUACCAGACUUUUUGGAACCAUGGUUGUCCUACCACCAGGAUGUUAUUGCAGUAAUUGAAAGGGGGUUGUCUCAAGGCACUGUCCUAAGAUGCAGGCAUUUGUGAGAGAUUUUCUGCAAACACUACUGUAUUUUUCAUCAAUGUUUAACAGGAAAUGCUAUAUGUGCUGUGACAAGCUAUGGUGAAAAUGUGUUGACUUUAAUGCUAAUUCCAGUGCUAUACUGUAAGUACAAACUGUUCAAGAUUUUUAAAUUAAGAAAAUAUGCUGCAUGUAGCUUAUUUGUAUUUUAUAUUUUAUCUUGGGGAUACCACUUUUGGACACCACCUUCUUCUCUAUUUUUUGAAAUGGUAGUUUUUUCAUUUAGUUACAUGUUUUCAAGUCAUUUUUGAUAUUGCUGUUGUUCUCGUAAAAUGAGGCAGAUUGACAAUCAAGCAUCUGUAAUUCAGUAAAUCAUACUUUUCUGUUCAUGCUGAUCAUGCACACAUCAACCUACAAGAUGCUGAAACAAGAAUGUGUGACCCUUGGGAUUAAUACUAGGUUAGUAACGCAUAAUUUAACAUGAAAGUACUCUCCAUCAAUUUUUUAAAUCAUUCCUUUUUCUAUGAUUACAUAAUCCUACUGAAAGCAGAAUAGUCCCUUUAAGAGCAUUUAAUUACCAUAAGAGCAACUUUAUGGUGCUUAUGUAAUGCCCAUGCUAUUUUUGACUGUUAAAUACAUUUAAAAGAGACAAAGAGUACGUUACAUUUUCUUUAUUUUAGUAAGACAGGAUAUCAGGGUGAGGAAAUGGUUUAUUUAGCAAUGCAAAUGUCUGUAGAUUUGAGAAAAGUGGUUGUAAAUAUUUCUUUCACAUGAGGGCUGGAGGCUGUGUCACUCUUAAGUCUAUCUGUCAUUAUGUGUGGGAUAUUGGCUUGUCUUACCAUGUUUGAGUUGCCUUUGGUUAGAAAGACUGUGUUUGUAUACAUUUGCAUUGGUACAGCAUAUGUUGUUCAACGGAGACAGGGGAAAAUGCAUACAUACGUUCUGAAAUAGUGCUUAAGAAUAGAAAAUAAUGUUUUUUCUUUUUUCUGUUUUUUUUUUUUUUCAAUAUGUAGGAAUAACUGGCAAGACUAACCAGUAUUUGACAGAAGAGGCUGAAACAGUCAAAGCCUUUCUCAGUGCGAUUAAUACAAUACACUGCAUGGAAUAUGGGGAGUCCAGUAUUCUGGUGUUUGAUUCCUAUUACGGAGUAUACAUACUGUAGAUAUUUGAUAUUAUUGCACAUGCAGUGGUCAUGUUAAAUGUAAAUACUUUUGGAUAUGUCAUGAUGUUGCACAUGCUGUGCCCAGGCUGAUCAUAAAUGAUUUUGGGUAAGUAA